ACUGGCUUCCUGAAUCCUUCUCAGUCCUCAAAGACAGACCGACAGACAGAUAGACAGCUGGCAAGAGGCAGCCUGGGGAACACAGCUGCUUCAGCAGACGUCAUGGCCAUGGCCGAGUGAGCCUCCCUUGGGCCAGUGCCCCACCCCAGCAUGGUCCAGGCCCGUGGGGGGCGCUCCAGAGCACUGCGGCCGACCUCAUCUUUAGGGGCAGCCAAGAUGACCCAACCUCCACCUGCCAAAGCACCAGCCAAGAAGCAUGUGCGGCUACAGGAGAGGCGGGGCUCCAAUGUGGCUCUGAUGCUGGAUGUGCGCUCCCUGGGCACCGUGGAGCCCAUCUGCUCCGUGAACACACCCCGGGAGGUCACCCUACACUUUCUGCGCACAGCUGGACACCCCCUGACCUGCUGGGCCCUGCAGCACCAGCCACCCAGCCCCAAGCAACUGGAGGAGGAAUUCUUGAAGAUCCCCUCAAACUUCGUCAACCCCGAAGACCUGGAUAUCCCUGGUCAUGCCUCCAAGGACCGGUACAAGACCAUCUUGCCAAAUCCUCAGAGCCGUGUCUGUCUCGGUCGGGUGCAGAGCCAGGAGGAUGGAGAUUACAUCAAUGCCAACUACAUCCGAGGCUACGAUGGGCAGGAGAAGGUCUAUAUCGCGACCCAGGGUCCCAUGCCCAACACCGUGUCAGACUUCUGGGAGAUGGUGUGGCAAGAAGAAGUGUGCCUUAUUGUCAUGCUCACUCAGCUCCGAGAGGGCAAGGAGAAAUGUGUCCACUACUGGCCCACAAAAGAGGAAACCUAUGGACCCUUCCAGAUACGCAUCCAGGAUACCAAAGAAUGCCCAGAAUACACUGUGCGGCAGCUCACCAUCCAGCACCAGGAGGAACGCCGUUCAGUUAAACACAUCCUCUUCUCAGCCUGGCCUGACCACCAGACGCCGGAAUCAGCCGGGCCCCUGCUGCGCCUGGUGGCUGAGGUGGAGGACAGCCCAGAGACAGCUGCCAACACCGGGCCCAUCGUGGUCCACUGCAGUGCAGGGAUUGGCCGGACAGGCUGCUUCAUAGCCACCCGAAUUGGCUGCCAACAGCUGAAGGCCCGAGGGGAAGUGGACAUUCUGGGCAUUGUGUGCCAACUGCGGCUAGACAGGCCCUGCCUAAGCACUGGCAAGAUGAAGAGCUGGGAAAAGUCUGGUUCUGACCUCAGUCAGAUUCUCAGCAUCCUGGCAGGCUCCCUGCUCCACCCUAUGCAUCAGUGAGUGCUGGAUGACCCACUCGAAGGUGAACAAAGACCCAGGUGAUUCCUGUUUCCAUGCAUGUAUCCUGAGAGGAGGCUACAGCGAUGAUCAGGCAUGUCAGUUGAAACCUCUGAAAGAGAGAAUAUGUGGGGACAAAUCAGAGGCCAAGAAGGCUGCCCCUACCUACAUAACUGCCUGCCACUUACCCAUCUACUUUCUGUGGAGCCCCAACACUCUCUGCUUUGCUCUAUGACCUCAGAAGAUACCCUGGGUGCCCAGGAAGCACCAAAGAAAGAGGAGACAGGAGGAGACAAAGAACUCCAUCUGAUUCAAAAACCCCCACCCCCACCAUAUACUCCACGCCCUGCAUUUGCAGAGUACAUCUGGAGAGCUUGGCUGUUUCCAGAACAUUCUGAGUUCCAACCACCCCGUACAGACAGACGGGCUCACACUGAAUUGCAACCCCUCAUAUCUACCCCAGAGAACUAAUCACCAUUCAUCUCAACACGAUUUCCAGGGCAACCCAGAUUUAUCUCAGGGCUCAACUACAAAAUCUCAGGAAGGUACCCAAACCCUGAGCCUUUCUUGACUCUGAGGAUGAUGGUAGUAAAACACCAUUCUCCGUGAAAACCCCAAGGAGCUGGUCCCAGAAAGCAGCUGGGCUCCCCUCUCAUGAUGUCUCUUUUAAAGGACAUGUAGUGCUGCUGUUGAGGUUCAUUUUCUUCAUGCUUCUGCUUGGCCUUAUGGAGAAGUCCCUUCAUUCUUCAUAGGCCUGGAGUGGGCUCACCUAUACCUCCACCUUCCAGAGCCCUGUGAGAGGCACCACCAUCUGUGCCACCCAAGCGAGGUGGAGGGCUCUCAAGUGCCUGAUCCUGCCCUGAGCUCAGACCCAGUCUGGAGGAAAGCAAUGGCAUAGCACCCAAGGGCACCCUUCUGCACUGUGAGUAACCUUGCUCCAGAUCUCAGAGGGUACCAGCUCUGGAGAAGUAACCAAGUGGAAAAAAUAAAGACUUGUUGGAUGACU